GUUGGGGUUUUUUUCUAUAGUUUUUGGUCUUCGUCGUAAUUUAAGGAGAAUCGUUUUUGCUUGGCGCAUCUCUAAUGUCAUUUGUUUUCACCUUUAUCACUUUAACAAGGAUUGCUGCUUACAAUUUCUUAGAGUGAUCUACCCUUCGGUGGAUUACGCCCUAGCCAAGAUGGCUCAGUCUUCAUCCACUGACGAGGGGACCACCUUCGAGCACCUCUGGAGCACCUUGGAGCCAGACAGUACUUACUUUGAUCUUCCACAAAACAGCCACUCUGGCAGCAAUGAAGCUUCUACCAGUUUGCCUACAGACCGAGCGGAAAUCUGCAUGGACGUCUUUCACAUGAGGGACAUGAAUGAGACUGUCAUGUCCCAGUACAAUCUCCUCAGCAGCACUAUGGAUCAGAAUCUCGGCACCCGAGCAGCCUCCACCAGCCCCUACAGCUCAGAGCACACCUCGAAUGUCCCGACGCCUUCGCCCUACUCCCAGCCCAACUCCACCUUCGACGCCAUGUCUCCUGCUCCUGCCAUCCCGUCCAACACCGACUACCCCGGGCCGCACAACUUCGAAGUCACCUUCCAGCAGUCCAGCACAGCCAAAUCUGCCACAUGGACGUACUCACCCUUGCUAAAGAAGCUGUACUGUCAGAUCGCCAAGACAUGCCCUAUUCAAAUCAAGCUCUCCUCACCCCCUCCACCCGGCAGUGUCAUUCGGGCAAUGCCAGUCUAUAAAAAGGCUGAGCACGUCACAGAAGUGGUGAAGCGCUGUCCCAACCACGAACUGGGAAGAGACUUCAAUGAUGGUCAGGCUGCACCAGCAAGUCAUCUCAUUCGGGUAGAAGGAAACAACCUGUCCCAGUAUGUCGAUGACGCAGUCACAGGCAGGCAGAGUGUCAUUGUGCCAUAUGAAUCCCCACAGGUUGGAACUGAGUUCACAACGAUUCUGUACAACUUCAUGUGCAACAGCAGCUGUGUGGGAGGAAUGAACAGGAGACCCAUUCUGAUCAUCAUAACUCUGGAGACACGAGAUGGUCAGGUCCUGGGCCGACGGUCGUUCGAGGGGCGGAUCUGCGCCUGCCCGGGGCGGGACAGGAAAGCAGAUGAGGAUCACUUCCGGGAGCAGCAAGCCAUGACUGAAAAUGUGGCAAAGAACGGCAACGCCAACAAGCGCACUUUCAAACAGACUCCUCCAAGCAUUCCAGGACCAGGGAUUAAUACCAAAAAGCGUCGACAUGGGGAAGAAGAGAUUUACUAUAUUCCUGUACGCGGAAGGGAGAACUUUGAGAUCCUGAUGAAGAUUAAAGAUAGUCUGGAGUUAGUGGAACUGGUCCCUCAGCAGCUGGUCGAUUCCUACAGGCAGCAGCAGCAACAGCUACUACAGAGACAAAGUCACAUCUCCUCGCCCUCCUCCUACGGCUCUGUGCUGCCCAACAUGAAUAAGGUCCACGGAGGAAUCAGCAAGCUGCCAUCAGUGAACCAGCUGGUGGGCCAGCAGUCUCAGCAGAGCCCCAACACAGUCCCCAACAUGGGGCCCAUGGGUUCCAGCAUGCUGAACAGUCACCACAUGCAGACGAAUGGUGACAUUAACGGAGGUCACUCCACGCAGACCAUGGUCUCUGCUCCCCACUGCACCCCUCCCCCUCCGUAUAACCCUGACCCCAGCCUAGUCAGUUUUUUAACAAGUCUUGGAUGCCAAAACUGCAUUGAGUACUUCACAUCCCAGGGCUUACAGAGUAUGUACCACCUGCAGAGCCUGUCCAUGGAGGACCUGGGGGCCCUGAAGAUCCCGGAGCAGUUCCGGCUGGUGAUCUGGCGCGGCCUGCAGGAGAUGAAGCAGGGCCACGACUACGGCCAGCAGCUGAUCCGCUCCAGCAGCAACACGUCCACCAUGGCCAUCGGCCCCUCGGGCGAGCUGCAGCGCCAGCGCGUCAUGGAGGCCGUGCACUUCCGCGUGCGCCACACCAUCACCAUCCCCAACCGCGCGGGCCCGGCCGCAGCUGAGGACUGGGCCGACUUCGGCUUCGACAUGCCCGACUGCAAGGCGCGCAAGCACUCCAUCAAGGAGGAGUUCACAGACAGUGACAUCAACUGAGAUCCCGCCCGGACGACCUUGGGUUCUUCGUUUUUUAAAUUAUUCUUAUUUAAAGUUCUGAAGUGAGAGGUGGGGGGGGGUGGAGGCUAAUGUUUUACAGUAUCCGACAAAAAGGAGAACGAGACACGUCCGUUGCCUUCUUUUUCCCGUUUUAUGGGGAAUUUUGAAAAUCCAGGCACUUCCAGAAUUUUCCUGCUUUAGUGGUCCGGCAGGGGUUUUGGAACGCAGGCCUGCGGUGAUUUGUGUUUCUUACAUUUCGGUGGCCUCUCUCAUGUGAUACACUUGUAUUUCGACAAAACUGAAUAAUGAAAGGCCGUGAUAAGUGGAGUGUUGUUGUUUUUUCUCUAAGAAAUUGACAGCUCCAGCGGCAGAGAUGAGCACACAUUUCAGUUCACAUUGUCUGGCUUCGUGUAGGAAAAGCAUGUUUUGCAGCUGAAGGUGUCAAGGCGCUGUAUGGGAUCCUAAUUCCCUGGUGUGCGUUUUCUUCUCUUCAGGAUUCAGUCUCGAACUUUUUGUUUUUAUUUGGAAGAAAACAGAUCAAAGAUAAAGGCAAGCAAGUGAAAAUUUGGUGUGGAAGAAUAAUACAUUCGAACUUGAUAACUGUGAGGAAAUGCUGUGCAUUAUGAUGUUCAAAUUCCCUCACAUUAAACAAGCAGCAAUAAUGUGGUACAAAACAUUGCAUUAGAAACUGUGUCUGUAAACAAAUUUGAGCCCAACUCCCCAGACACUCCUUCUCAUCCACACGACCAGCUUUGGACUGAAAUACGGGUGUUUUCUUAGGUCCUUUCUUUAUCUGCAGUGGUUAUUGAUUUUGCAGCACAUUAAUUUAUUUGAUGGACUGCCAAAUAAAUGUGGGGAGAAAUAGAAGUGUUUUUCUUGAGCACACUAAAUCAGUGAACUAUCCUCACUUAUGUGUUUAUAUGUAAAUUGUUGCAUUUGAAUUUUUUUUACCUUGUGUUGUUGAAACAAGUGUUCAUUGUGUUUAAAUGUUGUUUUAGAGAUCAGCUUGCAGACUGCUGCAUCUGCAUUGUGUAUAUUGAUUCUGAAGAUAUGGUAAUUGUACAUAUAUAUGACUAUAUUGAAGAAUACGUGAACAAUCACGUUUGUGUUAUUUUAUUUUUGUGAGGACAACUUCACAUCUGAAUUGUGACACAAAAGUUUUUAUAAGAUUUGUUUUCCAAAAACCAAAUACAAGAUUGUCACUUAGUGUUUUUUUCUUUAAAGAAAAUGCUGCAAAAUGAAAAUUCUAGUAAAUUUUUAGCUCACCCACAUGUGUAAGGAACUGUACUUCCUUUCAGACAUUGGGACUGUUGAAUAGUCAACAAUUUAAGAAACAGCAUCUCUGAAAAUGAGUUACAGGAGAUUAAGACAUUUAAAAAGGUGUGUUGUUAAAACGAUCUAUUUAAUAAUAUUAUUUCUCACAAAAUUAAUAAAUUUUCUGUGCAAACUAGGAUGCUAUUCUGAUUUGUAAAGUUUUAUUUUUAGAAAGAGAUUAACUAGGUCAGAAAUUAGAUGCGUAAGUGCUGUAUUUUAUUUGGUCUUCCAGACAGAGCAUUGAUAUAUAAUCACAUAAGGUGAAAAAAAAUCAUGUGCUACGUCACCAAGUGAUUUGUGCACAAUACUUCAUGUUCAUAAAACCAGUUCAGAUGCACUUGAGGAAGUACAGUAUCUAAGAUUGUAUUAGUACAAAAUGAGGAAUGUGGUGGCUAGUAAAAUUUAUGAGGAGCGCUCAGUAUGUGCACCAGUAUUUAAGGCAGCUCAAACAAAUCAUUUCUGCAGGUAAAAUAAACAUACAGCUUUAGUUGUGUCAUAAUUGGUUAGUUGAUUCAGGACAGACUUUAUGUGAGUCUACUCUCUUGUCUGUGUCCUCUAGCUUAGUUUCUAUGCUAAGACAUUUUAAAAGUCUGUAUAAAAUUUAACUACUUUACCAUUUAGCGAUUUCCCUAUAAUCAAUCUAAUACUACUAGGAAGUGAUUGUGUUUCACACUUACUUGAUAAAUUAGCAUUUUCUUUUUCCAAGACACUUCUGAAGUUCCUGAUUUAUUGAUCGCACAUAUUGAUUUUCAGGGCUGUGUGUACACUACCUGCCACCAUUUAAUCCUUUGGAAUCCUGCAAAACAGUUUUCCUGGGAGUGUUCUUUUGUGUCUGAGACGGGAGGGUUGUAUAGUUAAUUGGUUUACUUAGCUUGCCGCACAUACGUGUUAACAACAAGUGGAGUAACUAACUGUAUAUUGUUAAUGUGACUAGAUCAAGGUAAAAAUAAUUUGAUACCUUCCUUAUUCUCAAUAUAUGUACAAAUUGAGAAGCACUUGAAAUGCAUCAUAUGCCAUUGUUCUAAUACUGUUUUGCUGCACUUUAAUGCCUCUUGGUAUAUCUAUUAUUCAGACAUUUGCAUGGGUAUUCUGAGUCUCAUACUUGGCAUACACAAUACUCAGAUGAUGUACAACAAGGUGACUAAAAACCCAGAACAGAGCUUAGACAAAUCAUUUCUGAGCAAAGCUAAUUGGAAUAAUUAACACAACAACUUCUAUUAUUUGAAAUCUGUUUAUGCUUCCUGAGCAGCAUGGUUUAACUUUCCCGGAAAAUGCUGAUCACCCCCUGAGCGUACUGAAAUCAAAAGAAGGAUUACAAUAGCUGUUACUCCCAUUUUUCUCAUCUGGUGAGAUGAGGAAGCAAAUCUAAAAAUGUCUGCAGCCUUUUUGCUGGAGGAGCCCAGAGUUUGGGUCAAAAGCACCUGCAUGCAAAUACCUGUUUGAGAUAUCUGUCACCCUUUAUGUACAAAUAUAUUUCCUACUCUCCGUUCUAAAUUAAUUCCCUUUUAUUUUCCAGUUGUGACCUCAUGUCCUUGUUUUGUUUGAGUCUGAAGAAAUUUCCUGUGUUAACCCAAUCAGAACCCCAAAGUAUCCUGAACAUGUAGAUCUUACCCUACUUUCUUCCAGACUAAACAGUUUUAAUUAUUCUAACCAGUCU